UUUCUCGAUUUCUCUCACUACACGGAUUCUCUUAACUUUUUAGUCUCACACACCAAAAAUUCAUUCUAAUAAUCAAUAAUGCCGUUAUUUUCAAAGAAAAUUACUCCUACAACUAUUACCAAAGACAUCGAGAAGAUGACUGAUAGUAAUCAAACAGAAGUGGAUUGGGCUCUCGUCUUUCAAAUAUGUGAAGUGGUUAACAAUUCCGAACUUGGUGCCAAAGAAGCUAGAAAACUUUUACAGAAAAAGAUGUUGGCCAAUGAUGUCAAUACUCAAGUCAUCUCUUUGGAGAUAUUAAACGCAUUAUCGGAAAACUGUCGGGAAAAGUUCAAAGGUCAGCUUGCGGCGAAAUCAUUUGGUGAAGACUUGGAAACAUUGGCAACACAAAAGGCUUCUAACGAUGAUGUACAUAGCAAAUUAGUUCAAUGUCUUCAGAAUUGGGUUAGCAAUGAUGGCACUGACCCAGCAUUUGGGACAAUCUGUAGAGUACAUGAAUUAGUGAUGCAUGGUGUCUCACAACCUGUAAAAUCUGGACGAUUAGGUGGAAAUCUCUUCAAACCUUAUCAGUUACAAUCAUCAGCAACAAGGAACGAUAUUACUGCUGCAACUGGUGGUAAACACAACAAUGAAUAUCAACAACCUCGAUUGAACAAACCAGUAGAUAUCAUGUCUGAUGUGGAAAUUGCCAAGAACAAUGCUCAGUUACUUUCUCAAACUUUAUCUUUCACCGACCCGACGCAGGAAGAUAUUACCAAGAAUGAAUUAAUCCAGGAAUUCUAUGGGAAAUGCAAGAUGCUACAACGAGUUAUCUCUGGUCAUUUACAAACUUGUGAAGAUUCUGAACUUAUUUCUGCAUUGAUCCUUGCCAAUGGAGAAUUAGUCAAUACAUUCAAGGCCUAUGAUGACAUGUUGGAAAGGCGUGCAUUGGAUGCGGCUACUAACAAUUCACGUGCUGUUAAUCAUCGUAGCACUCGUCAGGAUGAAACGUUGAUUAAUACGGAGAACGAUGCAUCUGGGACAAAUACUCAUGUGGAAUCAUCAACAAGUGGGGGUGGUAGUAGUAGUAGUGGCGCACAACUUUUUACUUCUAAUACUAAUGCACCAAGUAGUGGAAUUGAUCCUUUUGAUCCUUUUGCUGAUUCAAAUCAAACAAUUCAAAACCAAGCCUCUUCAGAGCACAAUGGAACUGCUUUGCCUCCACCAUUGACACCACAGAAACUUCAUGAUUAGAUUGGAUCUAUCAUUUUUUUUAUUUAUUUAUUUAUUUAUUAUGUUUUAUAUUGAUUAUUAUUUUUUACCCUUUGAUAAUGAUGAUGGAAAUAAAAAAGAAAAAAGAGGAAUUCUGAGAUCAUUUAAUGAUAUUAUUAUUAUUA